GGUUUGGUUGGCCAGGCCUACCUGACUGGCUGGGCAGGUCUGAGCCCACGCCCGUACCUGCGAGCUGUCAGUGAACACCUCCCCACAAUGUGUGCGUAUUGACUGAGCUCACAGUCAGUCAGCUGAAAUCACCAGCACUGCUCAGUGCAUCUGCCACCAUACUGCAGAUAAACUCAUUAAUCGGGUGUCUUUUUGAGGAAGUUUUUUCACUAAAUUACCACUAACAAUGUCCAAAGAGGGGGACAGACAGUCAGUUUUACGGACCACAAAGGUCCGCACCGCUUUGAAAGGAGAUGGCAGCUGGAUACAGAGACAACGGCAAGAAAAUCCUGAGGGAGAGGAGGAGAAACCAUGGAUCGCUGAGGUGCGAGCAAACCGCUCAAAUGGUGUAGAUGAAGGAGCAAGUACUGAUUCUUCACCCACGGUCAAUGCGCCCCAGCCCAAAUCCGACACAGAGCAACCAAAAAAUUCUUCCUCUGGAUAUAUAAUUAGAGGGGUAUUCAGAAAAACCGAUUCCAAGCCAACCUCCACUACAUCCACCAAUGGAUAUGCCGGAAUAAAUAGCUUCAAAAGGCCUUCUGAUAGUUACAAGAAAAUAGCCCCUCACACAAUUCGGUCGAGCAAUGAAAAGACAGUGCUCUCUGAACCAGCUCUGAGUCCAGAGGAAAUGGAAAAGAGGAAAGAGGCCGCCAGCAGUGUGCUGAAGAGUUCGGCAGCAAAUCGCCGUUCAUACGUAAUGUCUGCUGCAAAGAAAUAUGAAUCUUCAGAGAAACCAGACAGUUCUGAUGAGACAAGCACAUCCUUUGUGGCCAAAAGGGUAGUUAUCAGUGAUGAGGGUGACAUUACAGCAUCUGUUCAGUCUGUGCCUCAGCAAAGUGUUAUAUCAAGCAUUGAAGAACCCCCUGCACCAGUGGUGAAGGAGGUCAAGCCAGCAGCACCUGAAACUAAAUCGGAACCUAAGCCUACACUUAGUACAGAGCCUAAAACUGCACCUGCUCCUAAACCAGUACUUGAAACAAAAACAGUAUCUGAACCUAAGCCAGUGAUUGAAACUAAACCUACAACACAAACUAAAAUAACAACUGAAGCUAAACCAGUGCUGGAAAACACAACACAGCUUAAAUCAGCAUCUGAACCUACAACACAAAAUAAAGCCGUCACUGAACCUAAACCCUCAUCAGAAUCUAAACCAGUGGCUGAAACUAAACCUACAACACAAACUACAACAGUAACUGAACCUAAACCCACACCAGAACCUAAACCAGUGGUUGAAACUAAACCUACCACACAACUUACAACAGCAUCUGCAACUAAACCAGCAACUGAAACUAAACCUACAACACAAACUACAGUAGUAACUGAACCUAAACCCACAUUUGAACCUAAACCAGUGGCUGAAACUAAACCUACCACACAAAUUACAACAGCAUCUGCAACUAAAACAGCAGCUGAAACUAAACUUACAACUCAAACUACAACAGUAACUGAAGCUAAACCCACAUCUGAACCUAAACCAGUGGUUGAAACUAAACCUACCACACAAAUUACAACAGCAUCUGCAACUAAACCAGCAACUGAAACUAAACCUACAACACAAACUACAGUAGUAACUGAACCUAAACCCACAUUUGAACCUAAACCAGUGGCUGAAACUAAACCUACCACACAAAUUACAACAGCAUCUGCAACUAAAACAGCAGCUGAAACUAAACUUACAACUCAAACUACAACAGUAACUGAAGCUAAACCCACAUCUGAACCUAAACCAGUGGCUGAAACUAAACUUACAACUCAAACUACAACUCAAACUACAACAGUAACUGAACCUAAACCCACAUCUGAACCUAAACCAGUGGCUGAAACUAAACUUACAACUCCUACAACAGUAACUGAAGCUAAACCCACAUCUGAACCUAAACCAGUGGCUGAAACUAAACCUAAAGCACAAACUACAACAGUAACUGAACCUAAACCUACAUCUGAACCUAAACCAGUGGCUGAAACUAAACCUACCACACAAAUUACAACAGCAUCUGCAACUAAAACAGCAGCUGAAACUAAACUUACAACUCAAACUACAACAGUAACUGAAGCUAAACCCACAUCUGAACCUAAACCAGUGGCUGAAACUAAACUUACAACUCAAACUACAACUCAAACUACAACAGUAACUGAACCUAAACCCACAUCUGAACCUAAACCAGUGGCUGAAACUAAACUUACAACUCAAACUACAACAGUAACUGAAGCUAAACCCACAUCUGAACCUAAACCAGUGGCUGAAACUAAACCUAAAGCACAAACUACAACAGUAACUGAACCUAAACCUACAUCUGAACCUAAACCAGUGGCUGAAACUAAACCUACCACACAAAUUACAACAGCAUCUGCAACUAAAACAGCAGCUGAAACUAAACUUACAACUCAAACUACAACAGUAACUGAAGCUAAACCCACAUCUGAACCUAAACCAGUGGCUGAAACUAAACUUACAACUCAAACUACAACAGUAACUGAACCUAAACCCACAUCUGAACCUAAACCAGUGGCUGAAACUAAACCUAAAGCACAAACUACAACAGUAACUGAACCUAAACCUACAUCUGAUCUUAAACCAGUGGCUGAAACAAAACCUACCACACAAAUUACAACAGCAUCUGCAACUAAACCAGCAGCUGAAACUAAACUUACAACUCAAACUACAACAGUAACUGAACCUAAACCCACAUCUGAACCUAAACCAGUGACGGAAACUAAACCAGCAUCUGUAUCCAAGCCUGAGCCGGUUCCAGAAAAAAGUGCUGAAAGCCUGAUUCGUCUGUCUGACACUCUGAUAUCCUUCAACACAGAGCCUGCCAGUUCUGGCCAGGUGAAUCCAGGAAUAGAUCUUCUCAGUCAGGAUCUGCUCAUAGACAGUCCUCUGCCUCAGACAAAGCAAGCACAAAAAAGUCUGGACCUGCUUGCAGAUGAUCUUAUUCCCUUCAACACUAGUACAACCAGCUCAGCUGAUAUACUUGAUCCAAUACGGGCAGAGGGUGAGCCCACAAAGAGUCCUCAAUGGUACCGUCCUCCUGUACUGGACUCGAGUUCCACAGAUACAAUCAAUCAUUUUCAGAAUCCUAUAGACUUGGUUGCUGAUAUGCCACCAGAUGUUUUGGCUUCCUUGGCUGAAGAUGCCAUUCCAUUUGACACUAAUAGGAGCGAGUGGAGCACAGUCAUGGACGGUAACAAAACCAGCACCCAAACAGUGGAGAGUUCUGUCCCGGAGAAGUUACCAGACUCUGAAUCCAAGAAGGGGUUUGUCUUUGUUAAGGAAUAUGUGAACAAUUCACCUCUUGAUGGCAGCAGCUCUGACUAUCCCUCAUACAGUACCACUGACUAUGUGUCUUCAACAACCUCCAGCUACAACUACAGCAGCCCCAGCUACUACCCCAGAAGAGAUGUUACUCCCUGUACAUACUGUGGAGAACUGGUGGGAAAUGAUGCCAAAAUUACCAUUGAGCACCUUAACAUAUCCUGUCACCCACACUGCUUUAAGUGUGGUAUUUGCAGUAAACCAAUGGGAGAUUUGCUCUACAACAUGUUUCUCCACCGUGGGACAGUCCACUGUGAGAGCUGCUAUUCCAAUGUGCUAUAAGAAGAUCUGCUUACGCCGCCUGAAAUACCCGUAACAAUAUGGACGACUAGCUUAUUUGAACAGAGAUUAGAAUUUUUUUCUGACGCAAAACAAGUUCCUCUUCAUUACUGAUACAAAAGAUGUAAGCAUAUACUGUAGAAUACCUUCUGAAUAUGUUUAUUAAAAGGUUUUCUAGUGCUAGAAUAGUAGGAACGCUUGUUACAGGAUUUGUUUUUUUAUUCUGUUCCUUUAAAUGUUUAGUCAUCAGGACAACAAGAAUGUAUUUGUGUAUUUAAUCAUCAGAAACCAUUUUAAGGAAAUGAUAUUACCGAUAUUUCAUUGUUAUGAAUAUGUAUCCUGCAUCUCUCUUCACAAUUACUGUAAAGCAACAUCUCAUGAAUAAAGUUGUUUUCUCCUUUUA